CUUCCCGCACCCACCGAAAUCCGACGCCUCCCUCCCCUCCCAUUGCCUUUUGCAGCUUCGCUUUGCUGGCGCCGUGCCGCAAUUGAGAUCGAGUCGGCGGCGGCGGGCGGUCCACUCGUCGGCGGCGAGGCGGGGGUCUAGGCUCGCGGGGUUCGGAUCCAUGGGAUCCCGCGGCUUCGAGGCCGCCCUAGCCGUGUGCCCCGCCGCCGCCCAGGCCUACUCCAAGUACUGCGAUAUUAUAUCAGGAUGCACAAAUGCAAACGCAAGGGAAGGUCUGGUUGAUCUUUCACAAACUAUCGAUGGCAUCGAAGGAAUGAGGGAUGGAAUAUUUGGUGAUAUUCACAAGCUCAUGUCAGUUCUUGAGUUAGAUGACGCACGCCACUUCAGUACCUUUUAUGAUUUUGUCUUCUUCAUUUCUCGUGAAAAUGGCCAGAAGAAUAUUACCAUUCAGAAAGCUGUAGCAGCAUGGAGGAUAGUUCUUAAUGGAAGAUUUCGGUUGCUUGACCGAUGGUGCAACUUUGUUGAGAAGUAUCAACGGCACAACAUAUCUGAGGAUGCCUGGCAGCAGCUGCUAGCUUUCAGCAGGUGCGUAAAUGAGGACCUGGAAGGUUAUGAUCCAAAAGGUGCCUGGCCAGUUGUAAUUGAUGAUUUUGUGGAGCAUAUGCACAGAAUCUAUAACCCUGGGGACUUCUCCAGUGCAAUGGAAUCACAAUGCAGCAUUUCCAAUACAUUUAGAGGGCUGAAUCUAUUACCCGGAUCAAAGAGAAAAUGCCCUACCCGGUCUAACUCCAGUGAGGAGAACAAAGAGCUUUCAGAUGGUCUUAGACGCUCUGUUUAUCUUACGCCGUUGAAGCGACUGAAGGAAACUUCUGUCCCCAAUAAAUAUGGGGUCUGGGAGUGCAACCCAGGUACCCCUUUCCUUAACAGUUCAUCAGAUUAUCGCGAGGAUACAAAUUUACACAACUCAAGAGGUUGUCUUCAGAACUCCCCUUGUAUUAUUGAGGAUAGUUUGUCGAAAGGGUUCGAAGGUUGCAUUUCAAUGAAAUGCUCAUUUUAAUAGAAUCAGGAAUACCUGAUUUAAUCAUGUAUGACAGUCAAUAAACUAUAUAUUUCUAUUUUGUGUCAACACCAUUAUGGCUUUGUAUUUAGUCAGUUUUCCAGUAAUGGUAUAAUUUUGUACCCAAACAAUGAUGUUAUAGGUAAUUGUGUUCUCUUGCUGUUAUAGCAAACAUUUGUGUGUUCUACUUCUUUUGCUAUGUAUUUUGAUAUUAAGAUA